AUGGGAUCUCCAAAGGAUCAUCUACCGCAUCCGCUCACAGAAGACCAUGUGCGCUCCCUCCUUGACACCUUAUUUUCCCCACCACCACAAGCCAUUGAGAAGCUUGAAGUUACAGCUACGUUCCACAGCAUCUUNUUCAUCAGUUAUACGGCGUCUAGUCUCGAGUCAUGGCUAGCAUCGAAGGACCUCUAUCAACAUAUGCCAGUCUCAAGCACGGAGUUGAUCUUGCGUAUUUCUGGCAAUCAUAUAUCGAGGAUCAAGACUGAAAACGAAGCAUCUGUGUUAUCGUGGCUGAACAAGGAUACAAGCAUACCAGUACCGCGAGUUGUGGCGUACGAUUCUUCCACCAACAAUUCGCUUGGCCAUGAGUUCAUCUUGAUGACCCGCGAGCCUGGGGAGAGCUUGGCGGAUGUAUACAGUUCUUUCACCUCGGAACAGAUGGACUACAUCUUGGACCAAUUGAUUGACUUGAAUGCUCAAUUGCACAAGCAUACAUGGUCUCAUAUCGGUGGUCUCUCCGAUGACUAUAAAGGCCACAUCAUCCCAGGACCAGUACUCGAAGAGACAUUCUGGUUUGAGCCAGACAUCAUCGCUCUGUGGCCGCCUGGCGAGACUUUCAGAUCUCUCAACAUCUCUGGGCCUUACCAUUCAUACACGGAAUACAUCUCCGCUCAUUUACUCAAGUACAAGCAUGCCAUUGAAGUCCAUUCAUCACUGGAGUUUAUGCGUGACAUCCUUCCACAGCUCGAUCGCUUCCUCGCCAUUAUAAGCUCGGAAUCAAUGCGGUCGAAACUCGACGACGUUCCUCUUCGCCUUGCCCAUAAGGAUCUACACUUUGCGAAUAUCCUCGUGAAUCCCAUCACCGCACAUAUAACCUCGAUCAUAGACUGGGAGUUUGCUGGUGUGGUUCCUUUCACUCGUUGGAACCCCAGUCGAGCCUUUCUCUGGAAUGCUCAAGACAACGAGACAUCCAUGACCGAGAAAACAGCUCUAAUGGAGAGAUAUGANAAGAUAGCGAGGGAAAGAGGAUUUGGGUAUUUGAUUGAUGAAGCAAAGUUUACGUCAGCAAAGCAGGAGAGCAUGCAGACAGCUGCGAACUUCUUGAGAGCAAUUGUGGAAGUGAGUCCGAGAGGGCAGGCGNNGAAAAAAAGUGUCAUGGGUUGGAAGGAUACUGCUGUGAAGGCCAUGGCGGAUCUUGAUGCUUGA